UGUUGGUGGCAGAUCAGGAAGUAAGUGUAGUAUAACUGUGUGGCAUGCACAGGCACAUGCACACACCUACUUGUGAAUAUCACAGGUAGGUGCAUCUUGGAAGCGGCUCAAGACAGUGAGAGAGCAGGCCAGAUUUGCUGCAGCCACGGUCAAGUGUGGAAGAGGAAACUGAUGUGAAGAUCCUGGAGGUCAGGCCGUUGCAGUAGGGAGGGAGAUUGCAGAGAGGCCAGUGCUGUCAGUGCACAUUCAACGAGUGAGAGGAAGCUGACGCAUUGAGUGAGAAGAGCAGAAUAACUUCAGGGAUGCUGAGUUUAAAGUUACCUCGUCUGUUCAGCAUCAAUCAAGUGCCAAAAGUAUUCCAUGAACACAGCAUCAUCUUUGGAUAUCGCCAUCCAAGGAGCACAGCAACUGACUGUCUGUUCAGCCUUUUCCAAUUGACAAAUGAGACUGUGAAUAUCUGGACCCACUUCCUGCCAACCUGGUAUUUCCUCUGGAACCUUCUGGCUCUCUCCUACACCCUGGACUUUUGGAAUGAAGCCUACACAUGGCCUUUCCUUGUUUACAUGCUGUCAAGUUGCAUCUACCCAUUUACCUCAAGUUGUGCCCAUACAUUUAGCUCAAUGUCCACCCGAGCCAGACACAUUUGCUUCUACUUUGACUAUGGUGCUCUCAGCCUGUACAGUCUAGGCUCUGCCACUGUGUAUGCAGCCUACAUCAUGCCAGACAGAUGGAUCAACACCCCCUUCCACAAGUGGUUUGUGACCAUCGCUGUCUUCAACACCAUCAUUUGCACAGUGCUGUCAUGCUACUCCAGAUCUCCAGAACUGGAUCAUCCCAACCUGAGUAAAGUGGUACGGAUUGUGGCCUUUGCUUAUCCAUAUCUCUUUGAUAACAUUCCACUGUUUUACAGGUUGUUCCUUUGCUCGGGGGAAGGCUGUGCUCACAACGAGACAAUUCCUAUCCACUACAGGCAUGUGGCACUUGCCUUUCUAACUUGCUUCCUGUUUGCGACACACUUACCAGAGCGCCUUGCUCCAGGGAGAUUUGACUACAUUGCCUCCCUUACCCCUCACCCAGUGUCCCUGCGACUUGAGAAGGUAAGCUUGAUCAGACAGCCAAAGGGUGAGGUGAUGGGUGAAGAUCAUGGCACAGGCUACGAGCAAAGACUUUUUGCCCACAGAAUUGGAAAGGUGAAACAGAUCAAGGCACAGAAAACAGAAAUUGCAGGAGAAACCCAGCAGCUCUGGCAGCAUCAGUGAAGAGAAACACAGAGUUAACAUUGACUGUAUUUCUGUCACCACCGAAGCUGUCAGUCAGAUCUGCUGAGGUUCUCCAGCAAUCUUCAGAUCUCCAGCAUCUACAAGUUAUUGUUUUAUUUUAGAUCAAGUUAUAUUGAUUUGGGAACAGCAGAAUUUUGUAAGGUUGUAUCUUUUUGAUGGAAAUAGAGGAUCCAUAAACUUUAGAUCCUGGAAGAGAAUAAAAUUGGAUUUGGAAACAUUGUGAUGAGUUUAUAAAGUAUUGAUUCAAACACUUCAUUGAUAAGGAGGAUGGAGAUUAUUUGAAAAAAAAUCAAUAUAUUUGUUUAGUAUAACCUUCAGCACAUUUUUCUCUGAAUUUUUCAAUAAUUUCUAACGCUCAACGACCUGUGAGGCAAAACAAUUGCAUGUGGGAUAUGUUGCAUCUCUGUGCAAUUUAUCUCUGAUGUAAAAGGGAACCAUGUUAAUUGAGUUUUCAAAUUGCAUCUGGGAAUGUUGAUAGAGAGAACAAAAUGCAACAUUUCCUGCUUUUUUAAAACCUGGGAUUCCAACACAGCAUUUGAUUGGCUAUAAUAGGAAAAUGUCGAGUAAUUUAAAUAGAAGCAAAAUUUUGCAGGGCAGCCUCCCAGUUUCCUGAUGUGUAACCUGGUGGUUGGAACUCUCAAUAUUGUAGGAGAAUGUGUGCUUUCAACAUAUUGGCUCAUAACUCUGCAUAGAAAUUUUGUGUGGGUGUUACUCCCACAGCCAAUAUAUUGAUGUUCACCAAUGGAGAAAGUGAAUCACACAACUGAUUGCAAUUCCUGAUUUAGAAAAUAAAGGGCCCAGAUUCUACUGAUAGUCUCUGAGCAAAGUCAAGAUACAGUUUUAGUUUUAGCAUAUCAUUCUAAUAAUUUGUUAUUGGUGUUAAGCAUAAUUCCAGGGUCUGGGUUAAGAAUGGUGAACCAAUUUUUACUGAAUAAGGUAAAUAUCUAUCUUUACGUAUCUGCAUCUCAAGCAUGGGCCAAUAUUUAACAAAAUACUCCCCAAAAUAUGAGUGCUUGAAUGGAAAUAUUAGUGUAGAUUUUAAAUUACAGAUGAGAACUAAGCUUUAAGAUGACCAGAAACAAACAUUUUAGGUUGUAGUUUACGUUUGUAGAAUAAAGUGUUUGAUUGCAUAUUAUACUUGGAGCAGUCAAUUAGUUGAAAGACUUUUCGUGCAAUGAUUGAAUGUAUUUUAAAUUAGGAAAUUUUCCCACAAGGAGCACAAUUUUAAAAUCAGUGAUGUAUGAGAGUUCGUGAGAUGAAUGAUGAAAUAUAUGUGAAUGGUGAUGAUAGUAUAAAUCUAAUUGCCCACAAGCAAAAAAAAAUGGAUUGAAUAUAUCUGUUAGAAAGGAUUUUAGAUGCCAGCCUCAGAUCAAAAUUCAAAUUCUAUUGAGAUUAUUGUAAUAAAAGUCUCCUUGGUUUCAAGUGGCCUACUUAAAAUUAAGUUGGGCAACCUCAAUCCUGAUACUGUUGCAGGAGAAUGUGUGCUUUCAACAUACUGGCACUUAACUCUAUGGUGUGGGUGUGAGUCCCUCAGCCAGUAUAUUGAUGUUCACUCAUGUAGAAAGUGAAUUUACUUAGAAAGUAAAAGGCCCAGAUUUCACUCCCAUUUUAAAUUGGCAUCUGACCUCAAUAAACUGCUGGUCUCUCCCCAACAAACAUCAGGCGGCCGGGUGUAAGAAACAGGAAGAGAAAUGUCAUAAUUCACUGUAAUAGUCAGGAAGCUUAACUGAAAAGGACCAUCAUUUAUUGCUAAAUAGCAAAAUAGAACCACUACUUGUGAUUUACAUUGCCCCAGUCCAGGACAGACAAUGCUAUAGAUCUGUUCCUGGGUCUGUUUUAUCAAUUUUAGAUAUUUUCUAGUCAAGCUGUUUAGUAACAUGUUGUCUGGUAUUAAAACCCUGGUGGCUCAGUGGUUAGGACGACUACUUCACAGCACCAGGGACCCAGGUUUGAUUCCAGCCUUGGGCAACCAUCUGUGUGGAGUUUGCACAUCUCCCUGUGUCUGCAUGGGUUUCCUCCGGGUGCUCCGGUAUCCUCCUACGUCCAAAGAUGUGCAGGUUAGGUGGAUUGGCCAUGCUAAAUUACCCAUAGUGUCCAGGGAUGUGCAGGCCAGGUGGACUGGCCAUUGGGUAAGGGAUGGUUCUGGGUGGGAUGCUCCUCAGAGGGUUGGUGUGGACUCAAUGGGCCAAAUGGCCUGCUUCCACACUGUAGGGAUUUUAUGAAUCUGUGACCUCUGGAACAGGGGGACCUGAACCUGGGUCUCCUGGCUCAGAAGUAGGGACAGUACCUCUGCACCCUCAUUCUGUGUUUUCUUUAUAGAGGGUUCAGGUGAUGAGUUCCAGUUGGCAGGCCAUUGCCUGUUACCAAAAGAAACUCCAUAAGCUCCAUGAGGAGAUUAUUUAGGGAUUCCCAACAGGCCUCAUAAGGGUAAUCACACUUAGGAUUUACUGAGUUUGGGACUGAGGCAUGUUAAGAUGGUCUAAUAACUCUUCUAUGCCACACUGCCUCUGAAGCUCAUACAAUGCAGUAGAAAUUAGUUUUGUGCAGUUAUGGAUUCACUGCCUGUUAAAUGGCCCCAUGCAGUAAUAACUGUGAAACUUGGCAGGCAGUGUAUAUACCAGGGAGCAGGUGUAGUCGCAUCUGGAUUGCACACAUAUUCAAGAUAGGUUUCUACCCUGGGUGCCUUCAAUAGUAAAUGUUCUAUCCCCUGGCACAACCUCAUAGAUUUAUUUAGCACAAAAGGAAGCCAUUCAGCCCAUUGUGUCUGUGCCAGCAAAGUAAUGCUAUCCAACUUAAUCCCGCUUUCCAGCUCAUUGUCUGUUAUCGUGCUGGUUGCAGCUCUUCAAGUGCAUGUCCAGGACAUUUUUAAAAUGUGAUGAGGGCCUCUGUUUGUACCACCCAUUUCCGGCAGUGAGUUCCAGAAUCCCAUCACUCUUUGGGUGAAAAAAAACAUCCUGCUCUUCAGCCCUUCAAUCAGGAACUAUGCCCCCAACUCUCGCCCAGGCUCUGGAAUCAUAGAUUGCAUUAAGUCAAUUCAGUGAGCACAAAAUUAAACAAUAAAAACAUAUUUGGCUGCAAAAUACCAUGAAAAGAAUAUUUUUCAGCUAUUGAUCUACUUUAAAGAGCUUUAACAUUGUUGCCUGGUAUAAAAAACUUGGUGCUGUUUUGUCAAUUACAAGGGGUGUUUAAAUGUAAUUAUGGCUAAAGCACUAUUGAUUAAUCAUGAGAACUAGAACUGGUUUACCAGCCACUUUAAUGGCUUCUGAAGCAGCCUUUUUUUUUCAUUAGAAACACAGCAAAUAGAUUAAAAUGCUUUUGAGUGCUUUCUCAGUUUCUGUAAUCUAAGCAGAAGUGCCUUUAGAUAUCCCAGUUUACUUCAGCCUAAAACCUCCUGAGUCAGUCACUGUGGCUAAUUAACCUUUACUCUGCUGAACAAACAGAAACCUAAACCCAAAGCCUUUGCCCAACAAUUUUGCAGAGUGUUUUAUGAGUUGAAGAGACAUUUAAGAGGUAGCUGGAGCAUUUUUUUUGUGGAGAGGGAGAGUGGGAAGACAGAGGAUGGGGCAUGAGAUGUUUUAGCAUCUUCUUACACUACUUUGUAAAGUAGAGCUGUUACAGCCCCCAUUAGUUGGUCUCAGAACAUUUUGAGUUUGGCACAAAGCAUAGGAUAACUUCUACUCUACACGAAACCACACCUUUUACAGCUGGCCUGUAAACAGGAAAAAUCAAAGCAAAAUGUUGACACUCAUGGACACCAUUCAUGUGUAGCCUGCAGUUUAUUUUGUACUUUAUCCAAUCACAUUUACAUAGGCAAAUGCAGCAUCAGUUUAGCACAUGGCAAAGUCCAGCAAUCGUCAAUAAUGUGUGGCUGGUUUGUUUUUACUGUAUUAGCUGAGGGUGAAGGUUGGUCAUAUCACUGGAAGGAUUCCCUUACCAGAGAUCUUUAAUGUACGUCAGGGCCAAUUGAUAGGACUUGCUUUAAAAUUUCAUCUUUAGGGUAGCUCUUCUAGCAAUACAGUAGUCUUUAUGUAUUGCAUUGGAGCAUCAAAGCUCCAUUGCUUGGAGGUUACAAUUGCUGACUUUGAGGGCCUACCACCUCGGGUUAUCACUCCAGGGGAAAAUGUAUCUGAAGGUUUCAAAAUAAAGUCAUAGAGUUCCAUGCAUACAAGAAGGCUCUUCAGUCCAUCAAGCCUUCACAGGUCAAAAACCAGCCACCUACCUAUUUCAGUCCCAUUUUCCACCACUUGGUCUUGUAUGCCUUGUGUACCUCUAAAUGCUUUUUAAAUGUUAAGGGUUUCUGUGUCUACCACCUCUUCAGAUCUUCACAUCACCUCUAAGCUUCCUGCUGCUUUAUCUUAAAUUUAUGCCACCGGUCAUUAAUUCUUCCACCAAAGGGAAAAAAUUCCAUUGGUCUCAUUGUCAAUAUACCAAAGCUUUGAAAUAUGUGGUGGUAUGCAUUGGCAGACAUCUUGGCGAGCUCUAUUAAUUCUGACAUUGUACCUGAAGAAUUGAGUUUUAAUGACACAUGCCCAUGCCUGUCAGAUCAUGAUGGGAACAUAGCCUUGAAUUAUGAACUAGAGGUGGGAACACUAUCGCUGCGGCAUUAAACACUAUUAACUGAAAUAGUACUAGUUGCCUUGGUGAGAUUUGAACACUUGUCACAGAUCAUUAGCCUGGGCAUCUGGAUUGCCAGAUCCUGCCAUUAUAGCCAUGUCACCACUUCCCCUCUCAACCAGUCAAAGGAUCUUUCUCUCUUUUUUCUAAUAAGCAAAAGUAUUCAAAGAAAACAUGGAAAAAGGCCACACAAUAUUUUUUGGACAUCUAUAUUUUCUUCAGGGUUUUGCUCAUAACCCAUGAGAUUAACACUUUGUUUCUGAAUGGGGCAAGGAGAUCCUGGAAAGUUAGCAACCUUACUGAGAUAGGUUUGCCACUGAUGACUGCUUUGUACGUGCUGGGGAAGGUUAACUGUAGAAUGAGCAACUUAAAUCGGGUCAGCUGGCAUUGCUAAACACCCUUAUAGGUGCCACACUGAAGCACCCUUAGAGUAGCAACAUCAAAGUACAAACCUGUGUACAUGCUCCAGUCUGAUAUAGAACAAAUGACUAAAUCCAGAUAGUGUUCCCUUGUUCAUUGUAAAACAAGUUGCUGGAGUAGCUCUGAUGUUUUCAAAGUUGUGUUUAAAAGUCCAGAUUAUUAGAAUAAGCACAGCUGUAUCAUAAAUGUGUGACUUUUUUAUGAAUGGUUCAUAUAUAUUUUCUUUUGUCUCCAAAACUCAAGUCUAUAAAUAAAAGAUAAUAGCCAUUAAAUCUGUUAAGGCAUUGAGGAGAAAUGUCUUUACCCAGAGAGCGGUGGAAAGGUGGAACUCAUUUUCAUGAGAAUUGAUUGAGGGGGUCCAUGCACACGGGUCCAUUUAAGGGGAACCCAGACACACAAGAGACAUGGUGUGAGCGAGGAAUAUCUCAAGACAUAGUUAAUGUGAAUAGCGUAGAUGCAUUGAAGGAAAAUAAAAUGGCGUUUAUUUAGUGCUUUUUGUAAUCUCAGGAUGUCCUAACAUAUGUUAUAGCCAAAUGAAGUACUUUGAAGUGGUGUAACCAAUUUAUAAUGUAGGAAGGGCAUUAACAGUUUAUGCACAGCAAGUUUUCACAUGUUUUGUUGAUGUUGAUUGAGGGAUAAAUAUUGACUAGACAGUGGGGAGAAUGCACUUGAUUUUUAUUUCAAUAAUGAGGUGGAUCUUAUACAUCUAUCCUCAGGAAAUGCCUCAUCUGUAAGACUGACUAUUUAACAAUGCAGCAUUCCCUCAGUACUGCACUGAAGCGCUGAAGUAUCUUGAAUAAGAUUUCAACCCAUGAUCAGAUUCACAAGUUAGAGUACUAUCCAUGAGCCAGUUGCACAGGAAGUGUAUGAAGAUUUAAGAUUUUGUAAUAUAUUAACAAUGCACAAAGUAAUUAGUUUGGGCUGCCGUCUAUGGAAAUUGGAGGCAGUACACCAGCACAUUUUAAUAAGCUGCAUGAGGAACCACUGGGGAUUCUGGGCUAUGAAAAUGUACAGUCUAAAUUUAAAGCCAUAACCUUUACCUGAAUUUUUUUUUUCAACCUGUAUUUCUAAAAGUUUAAUAUUCGAAAUCUUGUGAAAUGUUUAUAUUUUCAUUUGGAGUUUGUAAUGAAAACUAAAUCAAUAUGAUCUGAAAAUGGAGGCACAAAGGUGCUCACCCAUUGUUGCAGAUCAUUUCAACACCUCUGUCACCUUUGGUCUUGAAAAGUUGUGUCUUAAAGGUGUACAACAAAACGAAUAUAACAUGAAAUAUGAUAACUACCUCCAAUACAGUUACAGUGAAGGACAGAAUCAUGAAACUAGGAGUUCCAUGCUAAUUUGGCAAUCUGACUCAGGUUAAAUGAUUGGCUGAUGUCAUAAAUGGAAACAUGUUGCUUCAUGAAGAAUGCUGUGACCUCUAAGAUUAGAAAAGGGUGAAUAGAAGAGUUUCAUUUUACAUCUUUCCCUGAAUGAUACUUGAAUUCGGAUUGGUGCAUGCUGGUAAUAUGUCUUUAAAGUGAAAAGCCUUCCGCUCUGCAACACUAACAGUCCAGAUCUCAAUUACAGCAAAGUGAAAUAAAUAAGUGAAUUUUAAUAGGAGAAUUGUUGCGGACUUUUGCGUACUGCGUCACAAUUCCCUGGUCCACAAAGGUUGUAGUUGGAUUCAACUUGAUUGGUUAGAGUGAAACAGUUGUGCCUUGCACCAUGGAUUUGGAAUGUAAGUCUAGGGAUUGUGGUGAAAUGGGUUGUAAUCACCUUCUUUGGGGAAUUUUGGGUCAUUUCAAAGUCAGAUUGAGCUCUGCACCACAAAUAUACCAUUGGUGCUAAGCUGCCUUGUGAUUAAGUGCAGUCUUAGGCUUGCAAAUAGCUUAGAAAAAUUGAGUUAAGUAACCUCUUGUGUUUUAAAUACAUUAAUCAGUCAGAACUUUCUGUAAAAUUACUUCAGUCCAGCUUAAAGCUAUUGUGUAUUUUUGAUAUGCCUGAAAUAUGUAGUUUUGGAUUUAUGUGAAAUGUAUUUUUGUGUUCUUAGAGCUGAUUAUGUUCUUACAUAAAGCUGCAAUCGAGAUAACUGCACUAUAAUUACAACCUUGUUGUGAUUUCCUUGGCUAUCAAAUGCCACUAAAUAUUGAGGAUUCUACAUGUACGACUAUAACAGGUUUAAGAUUUUCUAUUUUUGUUACAUUGUUGACAACUAACAUCAAAUGUAUAAUGUUUG